CCUUUGGCUACGCACAUGGCCGCAGCCCUGAUUUCAACCCCUACUUCAAGGUUUUGCAGCCCUGCAAACCCGGCUUGCUGCUUUGCAGAAAAUUCGCAGUUUGCCGGCAAAGGAUGAAGUGCGCAGUUCGCAGCCGCGGCAACAGAUUCCUCUGCGAGUUCGUCGAAUUAAAUCACGGGGAAAACAAACUCAUUUUCCGGGGUUUCCCAACAGCCCGCGAAACUUUCCAGCGGAAACUUUCCACUCAGCAUUUUCCACAUUGCCAAAACGACAGAAAUCCAGUUAUUUGCGGCUAACUUUCGAAGAUGAGGUCGUCCAGGGCAGCCAGCGAUUCAAAAUGGAGGAGCCAGUCAAACGACAACAAAGACACAGUGAAAAGAGCGCGAAAUGAGCGCUGCUCGCGGCCGGUCAACGAAAAGCUAGUGAAGCUACUCCUGACGGAGGUCGAAGACAGUGACGCCACUAGCACCACCACCUCCACAUCCCUGGCCACCGCCACGAGAGACAGUGCGUUCUUUGAUAGCCAUUCUGAAGAGGAAAGCACUGGGCUCCAGGACUGUAAUCUCCCGUCAACUAGCAAGUGCCGCACCUGCUUCCGGAUCAUAUCCCGGGAUGGAGGUGUUAAGGAUCUCUAUGACAGGGACAACAUGGCGCUCCUACACCAUAUUAAGGUCGCCACUGGGGUGUGGAUCCAACAAGGAGUAAAGGAGCUUCCGCAUCACAUUUGUGCAACGUGCCAGGAAACUCUGAAGAAAACCGUGGAAUUCCGUGCCAAGUGCCAGCAGAUUGACAGAAAGCUUAGGCAGACGACGGAAAAGUACACUUUCCAAAAUUGUGACGAUGAAAUGGAGUUCGAGCUGGAAAAUGUCCUCUAUGAAGAGUCCGCCCAGCAGGCAAGAGAAACCCUAGCCCUAGAAGAUUUUAACCCCGAGUUGUGGUCGGAUAGUGAGUGUGCCCUGGAUGAAGAGGACUUUCCACUGGAUGUAGAGUCAACUCAGUUUUCACUAAGUGAAGAGGACUUAGGUAUAGGCAAAGAUACAGAAAAAGACAUUGCUUUGGAGCAAAACAAGUCAUCAUGCAAUGAAAUAAUAAGCAUCCGAAAAUGUAAGACUGAGGAAGAGAUUGGUAAAGUAGAUCACGGAGCCAAGGUCUAUAAGGUUGUGUUGGGUGAAUACAAUAGCCAAAAAGAAGCUGAAACAAAGUAUUCGCUUCCACUACCAAAGAGACCUCGAUUGAGAGUGAGUCCAGAGGAGAAAAAACGACGACAGCGCGAAAGGAUGCAAGCCAAGCCACUCAAUUACGUCUGCGACAAGUGCGGACACUCCUUCCGCCAGCGCAGUCAGCUGCAGAUGCACUUGCUCCGGCACAAUAGCGCCAAGAAUUUUGAGUGUCCAGAGUGCCCGAAGAAAUUCUACGAUUUAUAUACGCGCAACAUUCACAUAAGGGCGCUCCACAAGGGCGAGCAUCCCUUUUCCUGCAACCAUUGCAAUGAGUCGUUCUCAAACGCCAGCAGUCGUCACAGGCACGAGAAGGAUGUUCACGGGGCAGCCAACCGCAUUCGCACGCAAAAGAAAUCGAAGGGGGAAGGCGCCACCCGUCAUUAUUGCACCAAGUGUCCCAAAAGUUAUACCAGCAAGAACGGUUUAGUCCUACAUAUGAACUCCCACAACGGCAGCAGACCUUUCCAGUGCAAGAAUUGCCACAGGGGAUUUAAAGACCCAUCUGCUAUGAAGAGGCACCAAGCCUUACACGAUAAGUUUCCGUUUCGCUGUGAUAUCUGCUUGAAGGGUUUCUUGCUGCGCUCCCAACUUAUAAAGCACCAGGAUGUACACACAGGAAAACGUCCUCAUCGGUGCGAGCUCUGCGAUGUUCAUUACCGUCAUAGGUAUAAUCUAAACAAACACAAAUCCAGCAUUUUGCAUCGGGAUAAUGUGCAAAGAGCUAAGGAAGAGGAAAUUAGCGGACUGCAAUAAACAGUUAGAGAUUUUCAAAACUACUAAUGAUAUCCACAUGGUAGACUUCAAAUCCCAAACACAUCACUUCACUAUGUUUAAGCCAAAUGUACAAGGAGUGGGAGCCAGAACUCAGGUUGAAUACACAAACAUACAUAUAUAAUUAAUAAAUAUCGGUAUACUUACAUGGCAAAA